UAUCGUGUGAGUUUGUGGUCUACCACAACUCUUUCACGCUCAAGAUGGCAAGUCGAUUCUGGGGCGGGUCCUCGUCCGAAUCGGGGAGCGACAGCGAAAGCGCUGGUUCCGAAGUCGAAGAUGUAAAGAUCCAGGCCAACCGCUGGGAUGUGGACUCCGAGUCCGAGUCGGACGACGACGUACGCGUCGUGGUCUCGGCCAAGGACAAGGCGUUGCAAGCGUUGCAGUUGGCGGUGGACGCGAUCAACCGCUUCUUGAAGAUCCACGACUGGAGCAAGAUCCAAGGUGAGUUCGACGCGAUGGCCAAGCAAAUGGACAACGCCAAGGCCAAGCAGGCGAUUGCCCAGCAUGGGUUACCCAAGUACUACAUCCGAUGCAUGGCGCAGCUCGAAGACGAGAUCGUCGACAAGCUCAAGAACAAGUCGGACAAGAAGCUCAGUAAGGAAAACUCCAAGGCGUUGAUCCGCAUGAAGGGCAAGAUCAAGAAGCACAACGAGUCCAUUGCCAAGGAACUCGAGGCGUACCGCAAGGACCCUUCCGCGUUUGAAAGCGAGGAGGAAGAAAGCGACGACAGCGACGACGACGAGGAAAGCGACGACAGCGACGACGACGAGGACAGUGAUGAUGACGAAGACGACGAGUCGAAUGACGACGAAGAAGACGACGAGGAUGAAAGCGAGUCGGAUGAGUUUGCCGGCAGCGACGACUCAUCGAGCGACUCGUCCAGCGACGACGACGACAAGGCGUUUGGUGAACUCAAGGGCCGCGCGCGCUGGUUGAAAAAGGUGCCCACGGCCAACGAAUCCGCCAAAAAGUUGCGUGUCAAGCCCACCCGCGGCCCCAAGGAGAUCAAAGAGCGUGAAGUGCGCAAGACGGUGGUCGAAGAGGACUUGAAGCUCGGCAAGAAGGGCUUUGACAACAAGAUCAAGGAAGUGAUUGCCUUGCGCGGCAAGCGCGGGACGGACCUCGGCGAACAGCUCUCGACGCUGCGCAAGCUGGUCAACUAUGCGCGGCGCCUCGGUCCUGCCCGCGAAGUGGUCGCGACCAUGCACAUGGUGGGCACGCAGAUGUUUGACACGAGCUCCAAGAUCGACAAGGUGCUGUCCACGCGGCUGUGGAAGCUAGUGCACAGUGACCUGGUCAAUAUUCUCGAUAUCCUCGACCGGAACCCUGGCUUCAAGCUGGCGCCGCUGACGUCGGAGGACCAGGCUGACCUCAUUCGCGCCGGCGCGACCAAGAGCAAGGACGCCGCCGAUGCCGACGACGACGACGACGACGUGCCCGGCCAAGACCUCCUCCCCGUGGCCGGGGCCAAGGGCGUGAUCAAGGUCUCGGGGGACCUCUCUGCGUUUGUGGAGCGAUUGGCGGACGAGUACACCAAGAGUCUGCAGCAGCUGGACCCCCACACGUCGGACUACAUUGGCCGACUGUACGACGAAGCGCUGCUAAGCGGCCUCGCCAAGCGGGUGCAGGACUACUUCAAGCGGCAGCAAGACCACGUGCGCGGCGCCGCCGUGGCGCUGAUCCAGGCCGAGCUCAUGUACUACAAGCACGACUCGAUCGCAAACGCACUCCACGCGUCCAACGCCAAGCGCGCCAUCUACGGCGACCCCGCGCUCCUUCAUCCGGCGUGUGAAAGCUCGUCGGCGGUCGCGGUCGAGUCGUUUGAUCCGUCCGUGGUGCACCCCGCGUCCGUGCUCGGCCAGCCGCGCGUCGACGUCGAGCACGUGGACGUGGAGAAGGAGCUGUCGGAGCUGUGUCUGUACGUGUACAAGUACGCGGACGACCGCAGCAAGACCCGCGCCAUGCUCGCGCACAUCUACCACCACGCGCUGCAUGAUCGGUUCCAUGAAGCACGAGACCUUCUCUUGAUGUCGCACCUCCAGGACACGAUCCUGCAUACGGAUAUUGCGACGCAGAUCUUGUUUAACCGGAUGAUGGCGCAGCUGGGGCUGUGCGCGUUUCGCCUCGGGCUCACGUGGGAAGCGCACGCGUGUUUGAGUGAGAUUUGCACGGGUUCCAAGACCAAGGAACUGCUGGCGCAGGGGAUGGCGUCGUUCCGCCACCAGGAGCGUAACGCGGACGAAGAGCGCCUCGAAAAGCGCCGCCAAGUGCCGUACCACAUGCACAUCAACCUCGAGCUGCUGGAAGUGGCGCACUUGACGUCCGCCAUGCUGCUCGAAGUGCCCAACAUGGUGCUGUCCCGCACGCAGGACCGCCGCCGCGUCAUCUCGAAGGCGUUCCGCAAGCUGCUCGAGUUCCACGACCGACUCGUGUUUGCCGGUCCCCCCGAGAACACGCGCGAUCACAUCGUCGCAGCCGCCAAGUACUUGUCCCAGGGCCAGUGGCAGCGCAGCGUCGCCCUCAUCUGCGGGCUGCCGGUGUGGGAUCUGCUGCCGGGCACGGGCACGUCCGACAAGGUCAAGGCGCUGGUGCAGCACAAGAUCCAAGUCGAGUCGCUGCGGUCGUACUUGAUGGCGUUCUCGGAGGAGUACGAUUCGCUCGACUUGGCGCAGCUGUGCGCCAUGUUUGAGCUCGAGUCGAAGACGGUGCACUCGGUCGUGUCCAAGAUGAUGAUCAACGAAGAACUGCAAGGCGCGUGGGACCAAGGCUCCCAGACGAUUGUGCUGCACAAGGUCGAGCGCACGCGGCUGCAGCAGCUGGCGCUCCAGUAUAGCGACAAGAUUGGCACGAUUGUGGAAAACAAUGAGCGUAUGAUGGACCUGCGCUCGGCUCACACGAACAACCCCAAGGACCCCCACCACGAUAGCUCGUACCAGCGCCGCAACGACAGCCGCAAGUACGACAAUAACUCGAAAAACCAGCUCAACAACUCGAACGCAACCAACUCGAACGUCCGAGGCACCCAAAGCAGCCGAAAGAACCCCCCCGGCAACCAAGGGGGAAACAAUGCGACCAAGGCCAACAAUUAUGCUGGCAAAAGGUGGUAGAAGCUGUUAAAGAAAUUUAGAGCAUAUAUUGUUGGUUUGGUGCUGACAGUUGGUGGAUACUAAUAACUGCUAGUACAUAUGUACUAGUUAGUGUACUGUACAGGGGUGGUAUAUAUAUAAUAUAUAUACGAAUUGCAUGGUA